AAAACAAACACAAAAGAACAUGUAAACAAAUGUAUGCACUUGAAAUGUUCUCUUGAAAACAACAGGUGUAUCGGACGGGGAUAAUAAGAUUAUGGGGAUAUUUUAUUAAGGGGGUCAUCACACAACGCAAUAGCCUUUGUUAGAGCAUUCAAAACGAAGUGUGGCAACUCUGAUGCACAAAACAUACAUAAUUAUUCAAAGCGUUUUCCCAAAUGAAGUCAAGCUGAGUAACAAGGAGUGCUCAUCAAUAUAAUAUCAAAGAAAAAAAAAAUAGCAACAUUUGCUUGAAAAUGGACGUGGAAAGUGAGGGGAUUGAUGCUAUCGAGGCAUGCCGAACGUGUGGCGUUUAUUAUAUGACCACAACCAACUAUUUGCAGCCACUUUUUCAAUCGGCUUUAGACUAUCCUGAAAUGAUGCAAAUACGCUUCGAACUUGCCCAAUGGAAAAUAGAGAUAAGUGAACAUGAUGGUUUGCCGCAAUAUAUGUGCAAUACAUGUAUACAUGAAUUCCUUAAAAUAUUUAAAUUCCGCACAGCCUGUACUGAGACCCAAGAACAAUUGCGUAUAUUCUACAAUAUGCGUGAGAAAAAUCUGGCAGAUAUUAAAAUAAAGACUGAAGUUAUGGAUCCGGCUGACGAAGCGCCUGAAUAUAACUUCAUCUAUGUGGAUGAUAUUAGUGAUGGUGAAUAUGACGAUAAUGUGACACCAUUUAAAGUUCCCCAUGUACCAAUUAAAGAGGAGUUGAUCGAAGAAGCCAAUGUUCCAUGUGAAAACAUUAAACAACUUCAUUCCGAGAAAGAGACACCAGAUGAAGGUGGCGAAACAGCUCCCUUGGUGUAUCCACAAACCUAUGAGCCAGAAUCAGCAUUGGUAGCUCAAGAGCCUGCUAUUCCAUCCGUCGAAUGUGAACUAUGCCAACAUUUGUCCCCCAAUCAGGAUGAACACAAACAACACUUACAACGUGUACAUGAAAUUCGCGACAUCGAAUGCCAUAUUUGUGGUAAAGUCUUUAAAAACUCAACAACAUCCCGCUUUAAAUUUCACCUUAAAUGGCACAAUCUUAACAAACAUGUCAAAUGUACUCAAUGUGGAUUUGUUUGCAAUUCUCGUGCUGCCCUCAAGGAACACAGGAGAGCCCAGCAUAGCAAAAUCAAUUGUAAAGUUUGUGGAAAAGCUAUAUUGGCAAAGAAAAUGAAAAGCCAUUUACGCCAACAUGAAAUCCUGCACAAAUUUUCCUGUGAAUAUUGCAAAGAAUCCUUCCAAACAAAUGAAGAAAAAGAAACUCAUAUAUGGCAAGUACAUGCCCAGGAAGAUGAUAAUGCACAAGAUCCGGAAACCUAUGAUCCCAACGAUGUCGAGUAUGAUGAUGAUGAUGAAAUUAUUCAUGUCGAAUUAUUAUGUGCUCAUUGUGAUGAAAAGUUUGACGAACAAAGUGACUUAAUAGACCAUGUAAAGCAACAACAUAGAUAUCAACAACAAACAAUGCCUGUUAUUAAACAAGAAAAAGCUGAAGAAGAAGAAAAUAAUGUUACAACUUUUGAAGACUAUGGAGAUGAGAAUAGUGGAAACCAGCUAAAUGACAACUCGCAAUAUGAUCAGAGUAAUGAAGAUGUGGACGACAAUGGCGGGGUAGAACAUGAACUGGAGGAACCGACACAUGCAGAAUUGUCCAAAUACAGCGAUGCCCCGCAAGAUGAAGACUGCGAAAGCUACAACAAUGAAGAUUAUAGUCAAUCUGAGUCGAUGACAAGAAAUGAAUCACAAGAUAGUUUGGAGAACAGUUCAUCAUUUAAUGAAUCAGGGAUGGAGGCAAAUGAUUCGGCUUUCGACCAGCAAAGUAAUAACAACAAUAAUGAUGAACAUCUACCAUUUGCUUGUGCAAAAUGUCCAAAUAAAUUUGCCACAAUAGAACAAUUGCUAGCACAUUGUAAACAACAUCAAAACGAGGAGCAAGACAAAUCGCCCACGGCGACAAAAUUUAGCUGCGAUAUAUGCCAUAAAGAAUAUCAGCUCAAAUUCAGGCUCAAUCUUCACAUGCGAAAACAUGCAAAAGCCGCCUCGUAGUAAUUUUUUAUUCAAUCAUCAUUACACUAUAUGGUCAUAAAGUGUAUAUAUGUAUAAGUUAUAUAACAUUAAGGAUAUAUAUAUAGAUUAAUUUGCAGUUUCAAUUUAAGAAUAUUUACUUAUCAUUUGUCUUCUUAAGCUUAACUGCAUGUAUUAGAAAAUGAAAAGUAUUUUCCAUAUGUUUGAAACGAUAUUUCGAAAUAAAACAAAGGUUAUUCUAGAA